UUAUGUUUUGUUACAGGAUUCCGAAGGAGAUACGCCCCUACACGAUGCGAUUUCGAAAAAACGGGACGAUAUGCUGACACUACUGCUGGAUCAUAAUGCUGACAUCACUUUGACGAAUAAUAAUGGAUUUAAUGCCCUACAUCAUGCUGCAUUGAGAGGAAAUCCAAGUGCUAUGAAAAUUCUCUUGGCGAAACUUCCUCGACCAUGGAUUGUGGAUGAAAAGAAAGACGACGGCUACACAGCGUUACACUUGGCCGCAUUAAAUAAUCACGUCGAGGUGGCAGAGCAGUUGGUCCUUAACGGAAAGGCUAACAUGGAUCUGCAGAAUGUCAACUUGCAAACCGCUCUUCAUCUGGCGGUCGAACGCCAACACACACAAAUCGUUCGACUUUUGGUCAAGGAAACGGCCAAUCUCAACAUUGCGGAUAAAGACGGUGAUACUCCUCUGCACGAAGCUCUCCGCCACCACACCCUCUCCCAACUGCGCCAGUUGCAAGAUGUGCAGGACGUCGGUAAAUUACUCAUGGGCUUAGGCACUCAAGGAUCCGACAAGAAGUCAUCCGCUAGUAUUGCCUGUUACCUGGCUGGGAACGGAGCAGACUUAACAAUUAAGAAUAAGAAGGGCCAAACCCCUCUCGACUUAUGUCCAGAUCCUAAUUUAUGUAAAAUGCUAACCAAGUGCCACAAGGAGAAGAAAGGGGAGGAGGUCGAGAUGGUACCCCAGAAUCUUCAAAACACCAAUAUCUCCUCGACCAUGGACGAGUGCCUCGUUUGUUCUGAUGUGAAGCGUGACAUACUCUUCCAACCUUGCGGUCAUGUCAGUUGUUGUUCCACCUGCGCGCCGAGAGUGAAGAAAUGCUUGAUUUGUCGAGAAUCUGUUGUCAGUCGUAUAAAAAUUGAAGAAUGCAUGGUGUGUUCCGACAAGAAGUCGUCCGUGCUGUUCAAGCCAUGCGGUCACAUGUGCGCCUGCGAGAGCUGCGCGCAAAUUAUGAAGAAGUGCGUCAUGUGUCGGGCACAAAUUGAGCUAAUGGUUCCCAUGACCGUAUGCAGCGGUGGCUUGGGUACGAUUUGCGAGGUCAAGCCCGAGAUUGAAAUCGAACCGACUCCCUCAACUAGCGACCUCAACAUACAAGGUCCGGUCAUGAACAACGGAAAUCGGGAUACCAGCAACGACAUCCAGAAGUUGCAGCAACAGUUGCAGGAUAUAAAGGAGCAGACCAUGUGUCCUGUAUGUUUGGAUCGCCUGAAGAAUAUGAUCUUCCUUUGCGGCCACGGAUUGUGUCAGAUGUGUGGGGAUCAGAUGUCGGAGUGUCCCAUCUGCCGCAAAGCAGUGGAAAAACGUAUUUUAUUAUAUUAAGGUAGUAGGUAAAAUAUUGCAAUAUUCGUAAUUUGUUACGUUUUAGUUUUUAGACAAUAUUUAAAAACAUAUGUACAUUUGCAAUGUCAUCGCUAAUUUGAAAGUGCUUCCAUAAUAUUUCAUUCUACCUAAUUCCUAUUUGUUGAGAUAUGAUGUUUUGAAACAACCCCGUUUACGAUCUACUUGUUCAGGUGUAGGUGGUGGUUUAUUAUGGAAGCAUCCAAUCCAACACUUUAAAAUGUAAACAAACAUUGAUACAAUAAACUUUUUAAUAAAAUUU